AUCACUGCAGUCGCCUCCCCGACUCCUGUCCUGCAUCAUCCGUACCGUCUGAAACAAAGACCCCCUCACAGCAUAUCACAAUGGCCCUUCACGGUUUACUGAAUGAUGCUGAGGUCACUGCAGCCCUGGAUGGAUGCAAAGACGCCGGAUCGUUCGACCACAAGAAGUUCUUCAAGGCCUGCGGCCUGGCCGGCAAGUCCUUGGACGACUUGAAGAAGGCUUUCGCUAUCAUCGACCAGGACAAGAGCGGUUUCAUUGAGGAGGAUGAGCUCAAGCUGUUCCUGCAGAACUUCAAGCAGGGCGCGCGCACACUGAACGACGCCGAGACCAAGGCUUUCCUCAAGGCCGGUGACACCGAUGGCGAUGGCAAAAUUGGCGUUGAUGAGUUCACCACCUUGGUUAAGGCAUAAAGUGGCAACUGACCAACAUCUCUCAUGGAACAACAACGCCCACCUCCCCCUUUUCAUCUGAAGAGAAAUCAUUUUUAUACAUUUGCUUAAGAGACGUUUCCUCCUACGCAACACACACUGUCCAAGAAAAUGAUGAUUGUGAUUGUCCUUGGGUUGUCUUCAUGUCUUAAAUAUGAAUUUUGCUUCUUGUCAAAUCUAUGCACUUUCCAGGAACAGACGGUAAAAAAGAAGAAAGAUUCUUUUGCUACGCUCGGCCUUAGCGGAGGUUCAUCAUGUGUCUUUUCAAAAGUUGUGGAAACAUGACUGGAAAAGCACCCAAUAAACUUGAGGACAGGAAAACGG